AGCAAGUUUUCCCUUCUCCCCUUCACACAACCAACCUCACCUCCACCACAACCGACAACUCGUUGUUUGUCACCAAAAAUCUGUCUCCCUACGUCGCUGUUGAACCAGUUUUCUAGCAAGUAUGACCGCUUCCCGCGAAAACUCGGUAUACCUUGCCAAGCUCGCCGAGCAGGCUGAGCGUUAUGAAGAAAUGGUUGAGAAUAUGAAACAUGUCGCCUCUCUUGAUGAAAAGCUCUCUGUUGAGGAGCGCAACCUUCUUUCUGUUGCUUACAAGAACGUGAUUGGUGCCCGUAGAGCAUCCUGGCGCAUUAUUUCUUCGAUAGAACAAAAGGAGGAAAGCAAGGGAAACACCAAACAGGUCGAGCUGAUCAAAGAGUACCGCAAGAAGAUUGAGGACGAGCUGACCACUGUGUGCAACGAUAUCCUCACUGUCCUCGAAAAGCACUUGAUUCCCACCGCAGCCACCGGUGAGUCCAAGGUGUUUUACUACAAGAUGAAGGGUGACUACUAUCGUUAUCUUGCCGAGUUCGCUGUCGACGAUGCCCGCAAGGAGGCUGCUGAUAAGUCUCUUGAGGCCUACAAGGCUGCCUCUGACAUUGCUGUCGCCGGUCUCCCUCCCACCGAUCCUAUGCGUUUGGGACUUGCUCUCAACUUCUCCGUGUUCUAUUAUGAGAUCCUUAAUGCUCCCGACCGCGCUUGCCAUUUGGCCAAGCAAGCCUUCGACGAGGCUAUUUCGGAGCUCGACAGUCUGUCAGAAGAAUCAUACAAGGAUUCGACACUGAUUAUGCAACUUCUCCGAGACAACCUCACCUUAUGGACGUCUGAUGCUGAGUACAAUGCCGGUAAAGAAGAAGCCGCUCCUGCUCCUGCUGAGGCCGAACAGCCCACUGAUGCCGCUUAAUGUUCCAUGAGAAGUAAUUCAAGCCAACUUUUUUUCUACAAAUGAACAAGUUUUAAUGUUGCUUUCG